AUGCCUAGAGAUCCUCUCAUUGGUAUUGUUGGGAAGCCAUCUUCAGGAAAGUCAACGACUUUGAAUUCUUUGACUGAUGCGGCCGCACAGGUAGGCUCUUUUCCUUUCACAACGAUUGAACCCAAUAGAGCUACUGGAUAUCUGCAAGUGGAUUGUGCUUGUGCUAGAUAUGGCCUGGAAAAACGAUGCAAGCCCAACUACGGGUGGUGUAUCAACGGUAAAAGACACAUUCCAAUCAUGCUCUUGGAUGUUGCCGGGUUGGUACCUGGUGCUCAUUCAGGAAGAGGUUUGGGCAACAAGUUUUUGGACGACCUUAGACAUGCAGACGCAUUGAUACACGUUGUAGACGUUAGUGGUACCACGGACUCAGAGGGUAAAAAUACAAGAGGCUACGACCCGUUGUACGACAUAGAGUGGCUUCAAGAUGAAAUACGAUUGUGGAUCGAAGGCAAUUUGGAGAAAAGAUGGGGCUCCAUCGUUCGCAGACACACUGCCACCAAAUCUAGUGCUGUAGACACGUUACAAGCGCAAUUUGGUGGAUAUGGGUCGCAUGCGUCGAUGAUACAGCGUGCUUUGCAACGAAUCCAAGGACUGCCACCUUUGGAGCAAUGGGAUAAAGAAUGGAUCACCAAAGUAGUUAAAUCCUUUAUGAUGGAGAAGUUCCCUACAGUAUUAGGUCUGAACAAGAUUGACCACCCCGAUGCGGAUAAAAACGUCUCCAAAAUUAUGUUGAAGUAUCCAGAAACCAAGGCUAUUCUUUGUAGCGCAAUCACUGAGGUUUUCUUGAGAAAGCUGCAAAAACAAGGUUUCAUUCGCUAUGAGGAAGGCACGGAGUUUGUCGAUACCUGUGAGGACGACCCUGAAACCUUGAAGGUCCUGGAUGACAAGCUACUACAGCGGAUCGAGAAUAUCAGAGACUUAGUGCUGUACCGGUUUGGUUCAACCGGUGUGGUUCAAGUUUUACAAGCCGCUGCUGACACCUUGGAUCUGAUACCGGUAUACACCGUAAGAAAUAUCAGCACUUUCACCGGCAAUCACGGCGAAGAGGUUUUUAGAGAUUGUUUUUUGAUUAAAAGAGGUACGACCGUCGGUAAAGUGGCGCGCUACGUUAUGGGCGAAGUCACCAUCGCCGCAGUUGAGACCGUGAACGGGGUAAGAGUAAGUGAAGACGCCAUUGUGGAAAAGGGCCAAAAUGACAUUUUGACGUUCAAACUGGCACCCAAGAGCGUUAAUUGA